AUGCCCUCACAUUCUACAUAUUCUAAAGGAGAGCUGAAGGGUUACUGUUCACUGUACAGUGUUAUGAACAUGGGUAAGGAUCAGAGCGACGACCAGGUUUCUUCCAUGAAGGAGGCCUUCAUGCGCUUUGACACCGACGGCGACGGUCGGAUCGCACCAUCGGAGCUCGGGAUCCUUAUGAGAUCCCUCGGCAGGAACCCUACCCAGGCGCAGCUCAAAUCCAUCAUCGCCGAGGAGAAUCUCUCGGCGCCGUUUGAUUUCCCGCGGUUCUUGGACCUGAUGGCCAAGCACAUGAAGCCUGAGUCAUUCGAUCGCCAGCUCCGCGACGCCUUCAAGGUCCUCGACAAGGACGCAACGGGAUUCGUCUCCGUCGCCGAACUCCGCCACAUCCUCACCAGUAUCAGCGAGAAGCUCGAGCCGGCCGAGUUCGACGAAUGGAUCCGCGAGGUUGACGUCGGCUCCGACGGAAAGAUCCGCUACGAGGAUUUCAUCGCCAGAAUGGUCGCCAAGUGA